AUGGCGGCAGCAGCGAAGUCGUCGUUUUUGCUGGACGUGAAGCCAUGGGGCGAUGAAACCGACAUGGACAAGCUGGAGGAAGCCGUACGAAACGUCAACAUGGAAGGCUUGACCUGGGGUGCCUCCAGGCUGGCCCCGGUCGAAUACGGGGUGAAGAAGCUGCAGAUAAUGGUGACCGUCGUCAACGACCUCGUCUCCGUCCACGGCCUCAUCGAGGACCACCUCUGUGCUGCUCCGAUGGACGAGUACGUCCAGAGCUGCGACGUGAGCUUCAACCCGAUCUACGUUGCAGGAAAUUUCUCGUCGCAUGCUGCUGGCGGUGGCGGAGAAGAUUAG